UUGUCUUUAGAAAGAAAAAGAAUGGAGAUGAAACGGAAAAGGGGACGACCAAGGAAGAAGCCUUUGGUUAAUUCAGAAAAGGAAGAAAAACUAACUUGCUCCUCCAGCCACCGCCGGCAGCCUGAGUUCUUCACCCUAUUCCAUUCUGAUUGGAGCUCUCGACAACUUAAAUUACCAAAGAACUUCACUAGGGAAUUUGGGGAGAGCAUCAAAGAAACAAGCACAAUUAAAGACUUGACUGGGAAAGCUUGGCUUGUAUCUGUGGAAAAGACUGAAGAUGGAGUAUUCUUCAUUGGAGAAGGAUGGGAAGAUUUCAUCAACUAUCACUCUCUGAAAGAUGGCUACUUCUUGAUUUUCAUAUAUGAUGAGGGGGACUCUUCAUUCACUGUCAAAAUAUUCAGCACAACUGCUUGCAAGAAAUCAGUGCCUAUGGCUAUAGUACAAAUUAAAAGAAGAGACCAUCUGAGAUAUAAGUAUUAAUUACUAGUAGUAGUUAUUGUAGUAAACUUAAGACACUGUAUCUUUCAUUUCUUUUUGGUUUUAAGCCUUAUCAACAUAGAACGUAUCUAAAUACUGACUCAAUUUAAUUUGUUA